AUGCCACCCGUAUCCAAGACUUGCCAGAGUUGCGCAGAAUCUAAAGUGCGAUGUAUCCGAGGUCCGGAGAACCCGCAUGUUUGCAAUCGGUAUGAUUCGUGGUCCCUUGGAGUGAGCCUCGUGGUUAAUGAUCCUGCGCAGCUGUCUCCGUCUCGGUCGGGAAUGUGUGUAUCGCCAAACAGGUCGACGCUUCAAUGGUUUUCAAAAAGAUCGGUGAGGAUCGAGGCGCUCGAGUCUAAGAUCCAAGAACUCAUGGCCGAACGCUCGGCUCCUGCGAUAGACUCAGAUGCCUCUGCGAGCACCCGCAGUCCAUCUGCGUCCGAGGCCAAUGCGGCAGACGACGAUAUCAUCGGUCGAGGACUUUUGAACUUGGAGGCUGCCGAAACUUAUCUGCUCACAUUCAAACACCACAUGACCCCGUUUUUCCCCUUUGUGGUGAUCCCCCCGCAGGUCUCUGCGGACCAGCUCCGACAUGAGAAGCCCUUUUUGUUCCUCGCAGUCAUGGCGUCGGCAUCGUACACGAACAUGCCUCUGCAGCGGUCGCUAGGGGCUGAAGUUAGAAAGGCCGUGUCUUCUCGUAUGCUACUCAAUAGCGAGGUGUCUUUCGACUUGCUGCAAGGGCUACUAGUCUUUCUGGCAUGGUCGCAUUACCACACCCGACCACACCGUUACACCCAGUUCCUCCAAUUGGCUGUGAGUCUGGUUAUUGAGCUGCGCUUAGACCGACCGCCACAGACAAAGACCUGGAAGACCAAGCUACGAUUCGAUCCCAAGCACGAUCUUCAACAGAACACGUAUGACCGGCCAUCCUGGGGAAGCGACGAGCAAAGGGCCGUCAUUGGCUGCUACUAUCUAUCAUCGACCAUUUCCGUUCUUGUGCAGAAACUUUCUACGUUCCCCUACUUCCCAUAUCUCGACGAGUGCUGCAAGUCUCUUCACGAUGUGGGCGAGUAUCCGUGCGACAAAUACAUCAAAUACAUCGUCCAACUACAGCUCAUUGCAGACAAGGUUGAUCGUCUAUCAGUCAAACAUGAGGCAGAGCUGCAGAGCCCUGGGUCGGGCUCAGAGCUUUAUAUUACAAAUUUAAAGUCAGAAUUGGAGACAUUCCAAAAGCAGCUGCCCUUCAAUAUGCAGGAUAUUCCUAUGCUCGCUAUUCAUUUCAACGCCACUGGGAUUUGCUUAUACCAGCUCGCCCUUACGAUGGCUCGCCAGCAACCCGAAUCUCCUUUUACCAUGUCUCAGAUCUGGCGCGACGAGAUGUUCUUUGCUGGACAGUUUGCCGCAAACACCUUGCUGGAUUUACAUCUGGCCCUCCCCGCCAACUCAGACUUUGCGUUUAACAACACACAAUGGGUGCAGCUGGGGUUCGCCAUGCUCGUUGCCUAUCAACACGUAGUCAGUGUGUCGACAAUAUCGCAUACGACAUCCUUCCUCCAUACCCUGUCCCGACUGCAACAGCGCGUGGGGUCCAUGUCGACGGCGGAGGUGGAUGACAACGGGGACCGAGAUGUUUUUUUCGACUUUCAGAGGCGUAUUUCUCAGAUUCAGAGUAGGUUGGAUGGGCAUGGCAGGCCAGAGCCCAGCGUUGCCAACCACAUGGUCAUGGAGGAACUCAGAUACGCCCCCCAGGCGUCGGCUAUGUCUGGCAUGACAUAUACAGAACAGUAUCCGGCGGCCACGAACGAGCAGAUGCUGCCAUACCAGGACAUGCUUCCGGUCAUGGGCGACAGUUAUAAUGUAUCGCCAGAUUAUUACCUCGCAACUUCCAUAGAGCAAAUGGUGGCAGGGUGGACGUGA